AUGGCAAUGCACGCCCUCACCGGCUUCUCGCUGGUCAGCCUGCUCAGCUUCGGCUACCUGUCCUGGGACUGGGCCAAGCCAAGCCUGGUGGCCGACGGGCCCGGGGAGGCCGGCGUAGAGCCGCCUUCGGCCGCCCCACCCCAGCCUCCCCAUAUCAUCUUCAUCCUCACCGACGACCAGGGCUACCACGACGUGGGCUACCAUGGCUCAGAUAUCGAGACCCCUACACUGGACCGGCUGGCAGCCGAGGGUGUCAAGUUGGAGAAUUACUAUAUCCAGCCCAUCUGCACGCCUUCGCGGAGCCAACUUCUCACUGGCAGGUACCAGAUCCACACGGGACUUCAGCACUCCAUCAUCCGCCCUCGGCAGCCCAACUGCCUGCCCCUGGACCAGGUGACACUGCCCCAGAAGCUGCAGGAGGCGGGUUACUCCACCCACAUGGUGGGCAAGUGGCACCUGGGCUUCUACCGGAAGGAGUGCCUGCCCACCCGCCGGGGCUUCGACACCUUCCUGGGCUCACUCACCGGCAACGUGGACUACUACACUUAUGACAACUGUGACGGUCCCGGGGUGUGCGGCUUUGACCUGCACGAGGGCGAGAGCGUGGCCUGGGGCCUCAGCGGCCAGUACUCCACCAUGCUCUAUGCCCAGCGGGUCGGCCACAUCCUUGCUAGCCACAGCCCCCGGCGGCCCCUCUUCCUCUAUGUGGCCUUCCAGGCCGUGCACACGCCCCUGCAGUCCCCUCGAGAGUACCUGUACCGUUACCGCGCCAUGGGCAACGUGGCCCGGCGCAAGUACGCGGCCAUGGUAACCUGCAUGGACGAGGCCGUGCGCAACAUCACCUGGGCGCUCAAGCGCUAUGGUUUCUACGAUAACAGUGUCAUCAUAUUCUCCAGCGACAAUGGUGGCCAGACCUUCUCGGGGGGAAGCAACUGGCCGCUGCGAGGACGCAAGGGCACUUACUGGGAAGGGGGCGUGCGUGGCCUCGGCUUCGUCCACAGCCCCCUGCUCAAGCGAAAGCGCCGGACAAGCCGGGCGCUGGUGCACAUCACUGACUGGUACCCGACCCUGGUAGGUCUGGCGGGUGGCAGUGCCUCGGCGGCCGACGGGCUGGAUGGCUACGACGUGUGGCCAGCCAUCAGCGAGGGCCGGGCCUCGCCGCGCACGGAGAUCCUGCACAACAUCGACCCCCUCUACAACCAUGCCCGGCACGGCUCCCUGGAGGCUGGCUUUGGCAUCUGGAACACUGCCGUGCAGGCUGCCAUCCGCGUGGGCGAGUGGAAGCUGCUCACGGGGGACCCUGGCUAUGGGGAUUGGAUCCCACCACAGACGCUGGCCGCCUUUCCCGGCAGCUGGUGGAACCUCGAGCGCAUGGCCAGUGCCCGCCAGGCAGUGUGGCUCUUUAAUAUCAGCGCUGACCCCUAUGAACGGGAGGACCUGGCUGGCCAGCGCCCCGAUGUGGUCCGUGCCCUGCUGGCCCGUCUGGUGGACUAUAACCGCACAGCCAUCCCUGUGCGCUACCCAGCUGAGAAUCCCCGGGCCCAUCCCGACUUUAAUGGGGGUGCUUGGGGGCCUUGGGCCAGUGAUGAGGAAGACGAGGAAGAGGAGGAAGAAGCAGGCAGGGCUCGAAGCUUCUCCCGAGGGCGCCGCAAGAAAAAAUGCAAGAUUUGCAAGCUGCGAUCCUUUUUUCGUAAACUCAACACCAGGCUGAUGUCCCAGCGGAUCUGAUGGGGGGGGGUGGAGGUGAGGAUCUCUGUCCCCCUAGAUGUACUUCCUCAUUCAAGCCUGAGCCUGCCCCUCCCCAUGGAGGGGCCUGAGGUCAAGUCCCCAGUUGCCGGGAAAUGGAAGGCAUAGAGACCCUCAAUUGCAGGGUGGGGAGCUUGGCUUGGGGAAGAAUAAACUAGACUGGGGUACCUGGAUUCCAGUCUUGCCUCUCCAUUGACUUGCUCUGUGACCUCAGGUGGCCUGCGUGAGCUCUCA